UGCAUCUAGACUCGAACUUCCAAUCGGUCUUCCCCGAGGUCGAGUUUUUGCCCCAACUGUUUUUUUAUCUACUAAAGGUGGGCCUUGUCUUAUCCCCGUCAUAAGGAUUAUUUUGAGAUUAUUCGCGAUCUAUUCAUAAUACCGGAUCUGUACGGGGCAUUAACAUUGGGGGAAAUAUGAUAUCGUAGGAGCGGUAUCACCUUCGAACUUUUUCGUCUUCUCUCCUUUUGUUCCAAAGGAUCAAGAUCACCCAAUGCCAGCAAUGGCCCCAGGACCAUUACCUCAACAAGCCCUUCGACGACGGCGCAGAUGGCUUCCCAUCCCAUCUUGCAAGAGGAUCUCGAUCUGCCUCGUCGUCGCCAUUAUCCCUCUAUUCCUGGUAUUAGUUCUAUUCGUACUUCUCCCCGCGCAUAUUUCCCUACACCACGAUGCGGAAUACUUUCGUACGCUUGAAAGUUACAGAGAAUGGAAACAUCUCCCUCCAGAGUUGCGGGAUGAUCCGCUUUUUCGCCAAUCGGAUUCGUGGAAUGAGCGGUCUGUCGUUCCCUUGAUUAAGGAUAUCACACAGCUAUCCAGCAUGAAUUGGUUGCGGCAGAUGGAGUUUCAUGAUGACUGGACGGCGGAGUAUCCAGCGCAGGAGUUCUGGAUCUAUGUCGGCGGGUCACCGAAGGGUGAGACUCGAACUGUGGUUGCGAAAAGCAAGGAAAAUGCCGCGCCUCAGCGGCAGAAAUCAAUUUAUGAUGAUGAUGACGACGAUGGGGAUGAUGGCUACGACUAUGGCAGAGUGAAAUUGUUCUCGUGGAACUGGAUUCUCGAAGGAGUGAGGAACCUCAUUCUAAACACCGAGACUCUCCGCAGAGUAUUUGGGUUUAUAAUUUCUCUUCCGGGACCGAGUUGUGUCGAUUCACCGGAGAUCUGCCACUCGUUCAAUAAUGGCUUUGAUCGAUUGCUGGAACUCUAUCAUACGCAGAGGCAGUACCAGAGUGCUAAUACGGGUCUUACCUUUGUCGAUUGCGACGUCAGUCCGUAUAUCUGUGAUGAAUGGGGCGUUGAUCCCGUCAUGCUGAUUCAUGUGAGGACAUCGUCGCCGUGUCGCAUGGAGAUGUCUCCCUUCCGCUGGUACUGUUCUGUGAAGUGGCAUUUUGUCGCGCUGCCGUUGCGGAAGAUGCCCAUUCAGCGCACGGUGAGACUGUCGGAUUUGGUGUCAGCCUCGUCUUCUAUCGCUCCAGUGUCCGGUCAAGCGAAGGGUUCGGGUGGGAAAUCAUCGAAAGCGUUCGAUCCUGUAGUGCCUGUGUUCCCAAGUGCGUUUGAGCAGUUGCAUUCGAUGGUCAGCUAUUCAGGUAGUGUCGAGGCGUUGAAGUUUGAAGACCAUGAAAUUCUCGAGAUUAAAGGCGAACCGAAAGAUGAGUAGGAUAGCAUCUCUUGUAUAUUGUUAUCGAUAACUG